AUGGGUCAAGCUUCUCAGAAGCAGUUUGGAUGGGGUGCUAUUGCCCAGUGCGGAUGCGUUCACAGCGGGCAGGAGGCUUCCUUCCUGGAAGCAGACGGGCUUAGCGACGGCUUGAGGAUUCAGGAAGCUGUCGAGUUGGAAGCUGGCUCUGACUUCGGAAGUGGGCGCCGUGUCGUCGGCACUUGGGCACUUGCCCGACGUAGGGUCUUCUCUGCGCACUUGAAGACGAACUUCACCAACCAUUAUAACAUCCUCCGUCAGGUGGGUGAGGGCACGUAUGGGCUGGUGUUCGAGGCGGAGACGAUCAAGAUCCUCCCAGUGGGAGGAGGCGGCUCCCAGCCAUCUCAUCCCCGUCGGGUGGCCGUCAAAUGCUUCAAGAUGGCGGAGGCGAACUCCCGCGAUCCGUCCGGCAUGAGCGCCAAAGCCGUGCGCGAGAGUUUCGAGAAGGAGCGAGCCAUACUCGCCAGGUCAGAGCACCCGCACAUCGUGAAGAUGUACGAAUGCUUCGAAGAGCGCCAUUCACUGUGGGUCGUGCUCGAGCUGUGCCGCGGCGGGGAGCUCUACGAGUACAUCGCCGCUGCAGCGCAGCAGAGGCGUGCAGAGGGAGGUGCCUUUGAAGAGACAGAGGCCAGGACAUACUUCCGGCAGAUGCUGUACGCGGUCGCUUUCUUGCACAAAACCAGGAUAGUGCACCGCGACAUCAAGACUGAGAACUUCCUGCUGCUGGGGAGCCCUGGUACUCCGGAAGGAAGUGUCAUUAAGCUCUGUGACUUUGGGACGGCUGUGCAGCUCAGCCCGCAGAUGCCGCGAGCAAUGGGCAGAAUAGGCACUUUGUCCUACACGGCGCCAGAGAUCUACGCACGUCGGGGUGCCGAUACUUGCGCUGACAUUUGGUCGCUUGGCGUGGUGCUCUACGUGCUGAUGGUCGGGGCGAGCCCAUUCAGGAUCACAGGCACAGAAACUCGAGCAGAAACCUCGCAACGGAUAUUGGCAGGAAACUAUGACAAGCUUCGCCCCGGUUGGAAGAAGUGCUCGGACAAGGCUAAGGACUUGGUCGGCAAGCUGCUGGUGGUCGAGGAAGCCAAGAGGCUCGACAUCAAGAAGGCGCUACAGCAUUCGUGGCUGGCGCCCUCCACCGUGAGCACGCCGGCUGUGUUGCUCGAAGAGCACAGGAACUUCUUCUCCUUCCUGGACAAGGAGCUGUCUCUACAAAAUCUCGCUGCCUACGUGCAGCCAUUGUUGCACCUCUUGACGUCCUUUGCCCGCCUGGAUCCACUCCAGCAUUUGUUCAUGGUGGUCUACGCGCAGGCAGGGGGCGGGUUCUACGGCGGCAUUCGCAAAGAAGUCCGCCUUGUCUGGUUCUGA